AUGCCACUAUUAGCCCCGAUCAUGUCUACUACAUCUACAUAUGUCCAGGUGGACGAGUUCCAGAAGACUCCCACCACUUUCCACAACGAGGUCUUCUCGGGUUCCCUGUCAGAUUAUUCGAAUGAGUCAAGGCCGCAAAGUGAACCUGCUUCGCCGCGGUCGGAAGAGUCAACGCAACGUGUGUUGCUGCUCAAGGGGGCUCGCGAGCAAUAUGCCCUGGUGAAUGAUCAUGCUAUUCCUUCCGUCUUGCAUGAAGGAGAGAUUCUUGUCAAGAUCUCUAGGGCAUUCAACUUUGGUAUCCCCAGCCUGCCAUGGAUCAACGGGCGUGACUUGGCUGGCCUAGUAUUACAAGUCCCCCAGGGAUCAUCGCGUCUUCGUGUCGGCGACGUCGUCCUGGUACCAUCCACAGAUUACCGAGAUAUCAGAAAGGCCGCGUUCCAAGAAUACGCCAUCGCCACCGACUUUAACGCCGCCCGUAUUCCAUCUUCGGCUUCCAUUCAUGCCUCGGCCUCAGUGGGCGUUGCAUUUGUGGCUGCUGCCUUGGCUCUGGGUGUCUCGUUUGGCCUGGACUUCUCCCUCAUCGCCCAGUCGCCAGGACCGGACCUGCCCAGCAUUGUCAGCACGCUUGAUAAGAACGACAUCCCGUCGGAUAUCCGAGAUGAGUGCUUUGCUUCAUUAUUAGAUUCCCAAAAGCCACAGCCUGGAGAGUGGGUUGCUAUCUGGGGAGCUUCCACCACCACCGGUCUGAUUGCUCUUCAACUAGCCAAGCUCGCAGGACUAAGGGUUAUCUGCGUCGCAGACGCAGCACGACAUGGUGCCAAACUUGUUCAAUCCGGUGCUGACCUUCUGGUGGAUCGACAAGACCCUGAUCGUGCCGUGGAAGUAAUUCGAGGCGUCACGGAGGGCAAGCUACGAUAUGCCAUCGAUAUUGUCGGGAGGGAAACAGCAACGCUCUUGGAAAGAACACUCAAUCCAGACGGUCACGCCCACCUCCUGGGACUCUCCGGUCUUCCCAAGGAGCAGAUCCCGGGCAUCCAAUAUCACACCGUUCCCAUUAAGCUGUUCCACACCGCUCCCGCGGUGGGCGAGGCGAUGGUCUGCUGGUUGGAGGAGCUUCUGCAGUCUACGACGCUCACAUUGCCAGAGAUUGUCCACGCUGAAGGUGGACUCGAGGGUAUCAAUGCGGCACUAGAGACCCUGCGCAGUGGCUCUGUGUCUGGGAAGCGAAUUGUGGUGGAUUUGGGCUCUUUAUAG